AUGAAGGUUUCGCCUAUUGUAGGUGCCCUGUCGCUCGCGGCCGGAGCCAUGGCGAGCAAGUGCGCCUCUCGGAACUGGUCGGGCUGGGAGAAUGCAAAGCACGCGUUCAUCUUCGGCGACAGCUACACUCAGACAGGCUUCGAAGUAAACGGCACCGCCCCCUCCGCCUCCAACCCCCUCGGCAACCCCCCCUACCCAGGCUGGACCUCCUCCAACGGCCCCAACUGGGUCGGCUUCCUCACGACGAAAUACAACGCCACGUCCUCCCUGCGCACCUACAACCUCGCCUACGGCGGCGCAACCGUCGACUCCGCCCUCGUCGAGCCCUGGAAACCCACCGUCCUCUCCCUCCGCGACCAAGUCACCGACCUCUUCCUCGCCAACUAUGCACAGGACGCAACGGACUCUCAAGUCUCCUGGGACGCCAAAUCUACCGUCUUCGCCGUGUGGAUCGGCAUCAACGACGUCGGGAAUUCCUACUACAACGGGGUAGAGGCCACGACGGAGCUCUACUGGAAGAUAUUCGACGUGUACUCUUCGCUUGUGGAGGAUCUGUACGGAGCUGGCGCGAGGAACUUUGUCUUCUUGAACGUCCCUCCCGUGCAGAGGUCGCCGUUGAUCUUGGCGCAGGGCGAGGAGGCGGCGGCUUUGGAGACGGAGGCGUUGGAGAGGUUUAAUGCGUUGAUUGAGGGGCUGGCGGGGGAUUUGAAGAAGAAGCAUGAGAGGGAGGUGAAUGUUUGGGUUUAUGACUCGUACAAGUCGUUUGGGGAGGUGUUGGACGAUGUGGAGGCGUAUCCGCAGACGGCUGGGUAUAAGGAUACGACGACGUUUUGCGAGGCGUACCAGAACGGCACUCCCGAGUGGGAUACUUUCGACGAGAAUUGCACGUAUCCCGUCAACGAGUACUUUUGGCUCAACAGUCUGCAUCCUACUUAUCCCAUCCACGACGUCGUGGCCGAGGGUGUUGCUGAGCUCCUGAGCGGUCCUCCCAAUGUCGGCGCCUAG